GCUCGUGAUCUUCUCGUGAUCGAAGCGGCCGAUUUCACCGGCGUGCGAGAAGCUGGGUGAUUCGCGCGUAUUUCUUCUCUAGAAAAAAAAAAUCUUGUCUCUCUUACCGAGUCGUUUUGACACAACUGCAGCAAAAUACGGUAAUCUUCCACGCUUAUGUUAACGCGAGAGUUAUUGUUUGCGAUAUUAAUACGAGAUUCAGACAGACCUCACUAGCAAAUCCCCAGCUAAUCGCUUAAGUGUCACGAUGGGCAAUGGAAACUCCAAUAAUGUGCAACGAAACUUGAUGACCCAGAGCAGUAACCAACCCAACUGUAGCAAGACCAUGUCGAGCUUGGAACGCGAUCAGCUGGGCCAACGAGGAAGUGGCGACGCGAUGUGCGCCGGCCUUCUGUGUGGCCUCGAUCACAUUAGAGAUCCGCACUUGAACAAGGGUAUGGCGUUCAGUAUUGAAGAAAGGCAGAUACUGGGUAUACAUGGUCUUCUACCGGCAGCCGUAAAAACUCAAGAAGAACAGUUGGAGCUUUGUCGUCUUAAUCUGGAACGCUACACGGAUGAUCUCUCAAAAUACAUAUAUCUCAUAGGCCUACUGGAUAGAAACGAGAAACUCUUCUAUCGUUUGUUGGCAGAAGAUGUAGGUAAAAUAAUGCCAUUGGUAUAUACGCCGACCGUGGGUUUGGCAUGUCAGAAAUUCGGUCUGAUUUAUCGUAGGCCGCGAGGCCUCUUCAUAAGCAUUCACGAUAGAGGCCAUGUCUAUGACGUUUUAAAAAACUGGCCCGAACACGACGUACGAGCAAUUGUUGUCACGGACGGCGAGAGAAUAUUGGGAUUGGGUGACCUAGGUGCUCACGGCAUGGGUAUUUCCAUAGGUAAAUUGUCAUUGUACACCGCAUUAGCUGGUAUUAAACCCCACCAGUGUUUGCCUAUCACUUUGGACGUCGGCACUAAUACCCAGUCUUUGUUGGAUGAUCCCCUGUAUAUCGGUCACAGACACAAACGUGUCGUCGGGAAACAGUACGACGAAUUCGUGGAAGAGUUCAUGAAGGCUAUCGUGAAACGAUAUGGUCCGAAUACGUUAAUUCAAUUCGAAGACUUUGGAAAUGUUAAUGCGUUCAAAUUACUUCAAAAAUAUCACAACGACUACUGCACCUUUAAUGAUGAUAUUCAGGGCACUGCCUCUGUCGCUGUUGCCGGGUUACUGGCAUCACUUCGUGUUACGCAGACAAAGCUCUCAGAUAAUACGAUCGUGUUUCAGGGUGCCGGAGAGGCGUCAUUAGGUAUCGCGGCAUUGUGCGUGAUGACAAUGCAAAAAGAAGGAGUAACUAAGGAAGAAGCUAAGAGCAAAAUUUGGAUGGUAGACUCGAAAGGAUUGAUAGUGAAAGAUCGUCCAAAGGGCGGACUGACAGAGCAUAAAUUGCACUUUGCUCGUGACGAUAAGCCCAUCGAUGCUCUGUUGGAUGUUAUUAAGAUUGCCAAACCUUCGGUUAUUAUUGGCGCAGCUGCUAUCAGAGGUGCCUUCACGACAGAAAUAUUGACGGAAAUGGGGCGUAACAAUGAGAGACCCAUUAUUUUCGCUCUGAGCAAUCCAACGAGCAAAGCAGAGUGCACCGCGGAAGAAGCUUAUAUUGCUACAGAGGGAAGAUGCUUAUUCGCGAGUGGCUCGCCUUUUCCACCAGUCACGUAUAACAAUAAAACUUAUUAUCCUGGCCAGGGUAAUAAUAGUUACAUAUUCCCUGGAAUCGCGUUGGCCGCAAUAUGCGCCGGUAUGCGCAUCAUUCCCGAGGAGACUUUCCUUAUUGCCGCAACGGCUCUCUCCGAUUUAGUAACGCAAGCCGAUUUGGACAGCGGCAAUCUUUACCCACCAUUGGCCGAUAUACAGAAAUGUUCGUUGAAUAUAGCAUGUACAGUCAUGAAAUAUGCCUAUAAAAAAUGUAUAGCAACUGUCUAUCCGGAGCCUUCAGAUUACGAGAGUUUUAUCAAGGCACAAUUAUACGAUCCAAACUAUAAAUCGGCAAUACCUCCAAUUUAUUCAUGGCCAAUAUUGUAAUACUUUUAUUAAUUUGACGUUUUUGAUUUUAUACACGAUUGUUUUGGAUUUAUGAAAGAAUAAUAUACAUGUUUGAGGGAAUUCUUCGGGAAAUGAAUUUUCCUCGCUUUUUUAAAGUCUGUUGAUCGGGCUUAUUUUAUUUCUAGCACUGUAUGUGCAAACGUGACCAAUAUGCAAUAUUUAGUUAGUAAAAUUCAUAGGAAUGAAUUUGUGUUUAAUAUGAAGGAAUUUUUGCAAAUAAAGUACAAGCUCGAUGUAAGAAUUGAUUUGCUGGUUAAACAAAUAAAUAUCGAUGCUAGUUUGAAAGAAAUGUAUUUAUUGCUACUAGAAAUAUCAUUUUUGUUUUCUGCAGAACAUCCUAGAUAUCCCCGAUCGCGUUUGACGAGCACUAUAAUAUUGUUCAUUUCGUAGACUUAGUAUAACUAAGAUCAAACAAAACUUAUACGGAUGACAGUUGUGCAAAAGAAAAGUCUGUGACAAAAAAAGUGAAGAUUGCUUCUUCAUGUUCGAUCAUUUUUCGCAAUAUUAAAUAUACGUCAUUAAUUUAAUUUAAAUCUUUACAAGACAAUAAUCGACAAAAAAAUAUUACUUAAUUAGGCCAAGAAUUUACAAGGCGAUGCUAAGUCAGCACGUACAUCGCGAAAAAGUUUGCAAAUUCUUUUCCCGAAUUCAAUGUGUAGUCCAUUAUACAAAAUGGCAUAAGCUAUAUAAACAUAGCACAAUACCACCAAACCAAUAAGCAUCCGGCAUAUUGAUGAAAGACGCCAUAUUGAUUUACAUAAGAGUUAUAGGAUAUUUAUUAGUUCAGCGGCCUUAUGCUAUGCUUAUUCAAUUUAAGUCUUGUUGUAUGAUGGACUUAGAAAUGAAUAAAAGAAUUGUUUGAGAGAA